AUGUGCCUAGAUUUAUCCUUAAAGGCUCAGAAGUCAUGGAUAGAGAGAGCAUUUUACAAAAGGGAAUGCGUCCAUAUAAUACCCAGCACCAAAGACCCCCAUAGGUGUUGCUGUGGGCGCCUAAUAGGUCAACAUGUGGGACUUACUCCAAGUAUCUCCAUUAUUCAGAAUGAGAAAAAUGAAAGCCGGCUCGCUCGAAAUGACAUCCAGUCAGAGAAGUGGUCAAUCGGCAAGCACACACAACUCAGCCCGACGGACGCCUUUGGAACCAUUGAGUUUCAAGGAGGUGGUCACUCAAAUAAAGCCAUGUAUGUGCGGGUGUCUUUUGACACAAAACCUGAUCUUCUUCUACACUUGAUGACCAAGGAAUGGCAGCUUGAACUACCGAAACUCCUCAUCUCAGUACAUGGAGGUCUCCAGAAUUUUGAGCUGCAACCAAAACUCAAACAAGUAUUUGGGAAAGGCCUCAUUAAAGCUGCUAUGACAACUGGAGCAUGGAUAUUUACAGGCGGAGUAAAUACAGGAGUUAUUCGGCAUGUUGGCGAUGCACUGAAAGACCAUGCUUCAAAAUCUAGAGGAAAGAUCUGCACUAUUGGAAUAGCUCCCUGGGGAAUUGUAGAAAAUCAGGAGGACCUGAUUGGCAAGGAUGUAGUCCGACCGUAUCAAACAAUGUCCAAUCCAAUGAGUAAGCUGACAGUACUCAACAGUAUGCAUUCUCAUUUUAUUCUGGCUGAUAAUGGAACCACAGGAAAAUAUGGUGCAGAGGUUAAACUUCGCAGACAGUUGGAAAAGCACAUCUCCCUUCAGAAGAUAAAUACAAGGAUUGGUCAAGGAGUACCAGUAGUGGCCCUCAUUGUAGAAGGUGGACCCAAUGUCAUCUCCAUCGUCCUGGAAUAUCUGCGUGAUACACCCCCAGUUCCAGUUGUAGUAUGUGAUGGGAGUGGCCGAGCAUCUGACAUCCUUGCAUUUGGUCACAAAUACUCAGAAGAAGGAGGGCUUAUCAAUGAAUCUCUAAGAGACCAAUUACUUGUUACUAUCCAGAAAACCUUCACCUACACUCGGACACAGGCUCAGCAUCUCUUCAUAAUCCUUAUGGAAUGCAUGAAAAAGAAGGAACUGAUUACAGUAUUUCGCAUGGGGUCAGAAGGACACCAAGAUAUUGAUCUGGCCAUCUUGACAGCUUUGUUAAAAGGAGCAAAUGCCUCUGCUCCAGAUCAACUGAGUUUGGCAUUAGCUUGGAACAGGGUAGACAUUGCUCGCAGCCAGAUUUUUAUUUAUGGACAACAGUGGCCGGUGGGGUCCCUUGAACAGGCAAUGUUGGAUGCCUUGGUGUUAGACAGAGUGGAUUUUGUGAAGUUACUCAUAGAAAAUGGAGUAAGCAUGCAUCGUUUUCUCACCAUCUCCAGACUAGAAGAGCUGUAUAAUACGAGACAUGGGCCAUCCAACACUUUGUAUCACCUUGUCAGAGAUGUCAAAAAGCGUGAAUAUCCAGGUUUCGGUUGGAUCUAUUUUAAGGGAAACCUACCACCAGACUAUAGGAUAAGUCUAAUUGAUAUUGGCCUGGUGAUUGAGUACCUGAUGGGAGGAGCUUAUCGCUGUAAUUAUACUCGAAAACGCUUCCGAACACUCUAUCACAACUUAUUUGGCCCCAAGAGACCCAAGGCCCUAAAACUUCUGGGAAUGGAGGAUGAUGUUCCACUACGGAGGGGAAGAAAGACCACUAAGAAACGAGAAGAGGAAGUGGAUAUAGACCUAGAUGAUCCUGAGAUUAACCAUUUCCCUUUCCCCUUUCAUGAACUGAUGGUAUGGGCUGUGCUGAUGAAGCGCCAGAAGAUGGCUCUUUUCUUCUGGCAACAUGGAGAGGAAGCCAUGGCCAAGGCUCUGGUAGCCUGCAAACUUUGCAAAGCGAUGGCCCAUGAAGCAUCUGAAAAUGAUAUGGUGGAUGACAUAUCUCAGGAACUUAAUCACAACUCCAGAGAUUUUGGCCAACUGGCAGUAGAGCUGCUGGACCAAUCCUACAAGCAGGAUGAACAGCUGGCUAUGAAACUGCUGACAUAUGAGUUGAAGAACUGGAGCAAUGCCACAUGCCUGCAACUUGCAGUGGCAGCCAAGCAUCGAGAUUUCAUCGCACACACAUGUAGCCAAAUGCUACUCACAGAUAUGUGGAUGGGGAGGCUUCGGAUGCGCAAAAACUCAAGUCUAAAGGUAAUUCUAGGAAUUCUACUUCCUCCUUCAAUUCUCAGCUUGGAGUUCAAAAACAAAGAUGAUAUGCCUUACAUGUCUCAGGCUCAAGAGAUCCAUCUGCAAGAAAAAGAGCCGGAAGAGCCAGAAAAAACAGUAAAAGAAAAAGAAGAGGAAGAUAUGGAACUCACAGCAAUGUUGGGACGGAGCAAUGGAGAGUCAUCAGCAAGAAAGAAGGAGGAGGAGGAAGUUCAGAACAGACAUAGAUUGAUCCCCUUUGGACGUAAAAUCUAUGAGUUCUACAAUGCACCAAUUGUUAAAUUUUGGUUCUAUACUAUGUCUUACAUUGGAUACCUGAUGCUGUUUAAUUAUAUCGUUUUGGUGAAAAUGGAGCGUUGGCCUUCCAUGCAAGAGUGGAUAGUUAUCUCAUACAUAUUUACAAUGGGAAUAGAAAAGAUGAGAGAGAUAUUGAUGUCAGAACCUGGGAAACUACUGCAGAAGGUGAAGGUGUGGCUUCAAGAAUACUGGAAUGUUACCGAUCUUAUUGCCAUCCUCUUAUUCUCGGUGGGCAUGGUGCUUCGCCUGCAGGAUCUGCCGCUCAGGAGUGAUGGUCGUGUCAUAUAUUGUGUCAACAUUAUUUACUGGUAUAUCCGAUUGUUAGACAUCUUCGGGGUGAACAAAUAUUUGGGGCCAUAUGUAAUGAUGAUUGGGAAAAUGAUGAUAGACAUGAUGUAUUUUGUCAUUAUUAUGUUGGUGGUUCUGAUGAGUUUUGGUGUUGCAAGGCAAGCAAUUCUCUUCCCCAACGAAGAGCCAUCAUGGAAACUGGCAAAAAAUAUUUUUUACAUGCCCUAUUGGAUGAUCUAUGGGGAAGUGUUUGCAGACCAGAUAGACCCUCCUUGCGGUCAAAACGAAACUAGAGAAGAUGGUAAAAUAAUUCAGCUUCCUCCCUGCAAAACAGGAGCGUGGAUCGUUCCUGCCAUAAUGGCUUGCUAUCUUUUGGUUGCAAACAUCCUUCUGGUGAAUUUACUGAUUGCAGUUUUUAACAACACGUUUUUUGAAGUUAAGUCUAUAUCAAACCAGGUAUGGAAGUUUCAGAGAUAUCAGCUUAUUAUGACCUUCCAUGAAAGACCAGUCUUACCCCCUCCGCUAAUCAUCUUCAGUCACAUGACCAUGAUAUUUCAGCACAUAUGCUGUAGAUGGCGGAAACACGACAGCGAUCCAGACGAAGCAGACUAUGGGCUCAAACUUUUUAUAACAGAUGAUGAACUGAAGAAGGUUCAUGAUUUUGAAGAACAGUGCAUAGAAGAAUAUUUCAGAGAGAAAGACGAUAGAUUUAAUUCUUCCAAUGAUGAGAGAAUCCGUGUAACUUCUGAAAGAGUAGAGAAUAUGGCAAUGCGAUUAGAGGAAGUGAACGAACGAGAGCAUUGCAUGAAGGCCUCGCUUCAGACUGUCGAUAUACGGCUUGCUCAGUUGGAAGAUAUGAUUGGGCGAAUGGCCACAGCACUGGACAAAAUUAGUGGCGUGGACAAAGGAGAGGCCAGUAAGAUACGGUCUCGAACAUCUUCUGACUGUACUGACGCAGCUUACAUUGUGAGACAAAGUAGCUUCAACAGCCAGGAAGGGAACACAUACAAACUUCAAGAGAGUAUUGAUCCCACGGGGGAAGAAUCCAUGUCCCCCACCUCUCCAACCUUAACACCUCGACUGCGAAGUCACUCCUUCUAUACGAUGAAUAUGAAGGAGAAGGGUGGGCUUGAGAAAUUUGAAAGUAUUUUGAAAGAACGGUCUCUGAGCCUUCAUCGUGCCACUAGCUCUCACUCAGUCUCAAAAGAACCAAAAGUUUCAUUAAUGCCUGUAAGCACUUUGUCUAUUGCUCCAGAUUCUCGGAGGCCUUCCUCUUGCAUUGAUAUUUAUGUGUCUGCCAUGGAUGAGCUGCAGUCGGGAAUAGAGCCCCUGGACAGUUCCAUGAACAUCCUUGGGACCGGAGACCCCACUCUUCAAGCUCAGAUAACUUCCAGCAUUCUCUCGAGUAGUGCUUAUGUCAGUGGUACCUCUGGGGAUAGAAUCUCAGGCAGAAGUAUUGAGUAUGAAGAGCCUUCUUCGCUGGAAACGAGGGUGUUUUCUUCAGAUUAUUCCCAAAUUACAGACAGCCAAAACCCCUGGGAAUUGGAUCCCCCCCUAUAUCACACCUUAGAGCGUUCUAAAAGUAGUCGCUACCUGGCUACAAGCCCCUUUAUUUUAGAAGAGGCACCUAUAGUAAAAUCUCAUAGUUUUAUGUUCUCUCCUUCCCGGAGUUAUUUCAGCAGCCUCGGAGUACCGGUUAAAACAGCAGAGUACACUAGCAUUACCGACUGCAUUGAUACAAGGUGUGUCAGUGCUCCUCAAACCAUUGCAGAAAGGUCAAGUUUUCCUGGGACCCAUGGAGAUAAGCUGGAUGAUUUGGGAUGCUGCCAUCCAGAGAGGGAAGCAGAACUAAGUCACCCAAGUUCUGACAAUGAGGACAAUGAAGCCAAAGACAAAAAAGCAGUUUCCUUGUCACCUCAAGAUAGCAAUACAUCUAGGACCUUGUCUAACAAUAUUCUGCUUCCUAAAAUAGAGCGGGCCAAUAGUUAUUCUGCAGAUGAAUCCAACUUACUCUACGUGCACACACGGAAAAGCUACUCCAUCAGUGACAAACUUGAUAGGCAGCGCAAUGCGGCCAGCCUUCGAAAUACAUUUCAGAGGAGCAAGUCAUCCAAACCAGAAAGUACAGGAGACACCUUGUCAAUGAGGAGACUCUCUAGAACAGGUGCAUUCCGGAGCUUUGAGAGCAAAUAUUGCUAGAGAUGACAUCUGCUCUUUGAUCCUUCUCUUGAGCAGAAUGAAGUAACCUCAGAUUAUGAUGUGUCAGCAAAAAGCUGGCUUCUACCACCAGUCAAAUUAGCCCUCUUUAAUCUCUGUGCCAGCCACCGAGAUUCUGCCUCUUGACCCAGUUGGCAUUUGCACUUA